CUCCGAAUUACAUAUGUGUUCCGAUCCCGCCGCCAAACAGAAGCACAAAGUGUUGAUUGAUCAUGCUACUCAACAAUUUGUUUCUGGCCGUCGACAAUGGCAAGGUCGUAGUCUAUGUGGCUGUUCUAAUCAUUACUAUCAUCCUUUACACUGUUUUCAGUAAUCCCUUAGCUCGGCUACCGGGUCCUUGGUAUACGAAAUGGACGUCCAUUGUCCUCAAGUAUAAUAUUAUUAAAGGAAAUAGAGCCUUGUAUGUCCACGACCUCCACAACAAAUACGGUACGCUUGUUAGAGUCAGUCCGACGGAAGUCCAUGUUUCCGACGUCGCUGCAACAAAACAGAUUCACAAUGUCAAAAGUUCAUUCAAAAAAUCGUCUUGGUAUAAGUCGUUCACGCCUCCGACGGUCCUGAAUGUGUUCAAUACCAGCGACAUUGAGCUUCACCGAAAUCUUCGACGGCUGCUUUCAUCGCCCAUGUCAGAGUCGUCGCUGAAGCUUGUCGAAGUGUACAUUCGCCGGAACAUAGACCUAGCCGUCAAAGGAAUUUCCGAGGAGAUAUCAGAACGAGGUGCUGCGGACGUUUUCAAGUGGUGGAUGUUCAUGGCGACAGAUGUGAUUGGGGAACUCAGUUUUGGUGAAUCCUUCAAGAUGCUGGAGUCUGGCAAGAAAAACCAAUACAUUAUUGAUAUCGAAACAAACGGGCUUGCCGGGGGUAUUCGUGGCACCUUCCCAUUUAUGGUAAAAGUGUCAAAAGUGAUCCCAAUCCCUAUUUUCAAGGCGGCAGUUGAAUCUGCGAAGCGCCUACGGCACUACGCGGAACAGUCAAUUGAGCGAUCGAAACGAGUGGCUGCGGAGGACGAGUCUUAUCCCAUGCUUCUUAAGAAACUGUUUCGCGCCGAUGACAACGGACUGUCCGAUAGGGACAUUGUAAACAACGCAAUGGCGUUCAUCAUCGCCGGAAGCGAUACUACGGCUAACACCUUAACAUACCUAACGUGGGCUUUGUGUAAACACCCUGAAGUAAGAGAUGCCUUGGUAGAAGAGCUCCGCUCUCUACCAGAAGGGUUCAGCGAGCAAGAUCUCCGUAGUCUGCCAAGGCUGAACAACGUUGUCAAAGAAACCUUGCGAUUAUACUGCGCUGCACCAUCCGCCUUGCCCCGUAUAGUGCCGGCAGAGGGCGUUGUGUUCUCUGGUCACAGAUUGCCAGGAGGGACGACUGUAUCUACGCAGGCCUACACCUUACAUCGCAAUGCAGAUAUCUUCCCAGAUCCAGAAACCUUCGAUCCAAGCAGAUGGACGGCGCCUACGAAGGACAUGAAAGACGCAUACAUGCCUUUUGGCGGUGGGUCACGAGUCUGCUUAGGACAGCACUUGGCUGAAAUAGAGCUCCGCCUUGCCACUGCAGUUUUCUUCCGUGAGUUUCCUAGUGCUAAGGUUUCCACAAUUGAGGGUAUGAACGAUGGGGAUAUGGAUCCUCAGGUGUUUUUCUUGUUGUCGCCAAAGGGCAAGAGAUGCCUAAUUAGUGGAUAAUGAAUAUUAGAGCGAUGUACAUAGAAAGAAUGGGAU